AUGUCUUCUUCCAAAAGACCUAGCAAAGAAAAAACACCAGUCAGAAACACCAACACCCCAAUACCUUCAUUUGAUCAACCGAUUUUCUCACCUCCGUAUUACCACUAUGGCGGUAUGUUUCCUUCUUUUCCACAACGACCAGGGCAACCACAUCCACAAACACCACCACUACCACAACCCGACCCGGAUUUUAAUCCAUUUGAUUUUUUGUCCCAACCCGAGUUUGUGCAACAAACACAAACACAACCAGAAACGGUCGUUUCUGAUUCUGAACCAGAAUUCGUUACAGAAACUCAGCCCACUCGAGCAACGAAUAAAAGAAAAGAGAAGGCGGAGGCUAGAUGUUGGGAACGUUUGGAAGCGUUGGUGUUGGCACAAUCUUGGAUCGAUAUUUCAGACGACGCGACGGUUGGAAAAGACCAAAAGCAUGACCGCUUUUGGAUUCGCGUUUUACACAGCUUCCAUAAAGGAAUGGGCCGUGGAGAAUACCGUUCAAAACAUCAAGUGUACUCCAAAUGGGGGAAGAUGAACAAGGAAGUCAUGUUGUUUAAUGACUUGUGGAACAACAUGAAACGUCAAUGGAAAAGUGGAGAAAGCGAUGAAGUUAUUUUGCAGAAAGCGUUGAAAGUGUAUCAACAAGAAAAUCUGAAGGCUUUCAACAAAACAUUUGACCAACAUAUCGACAGUGGGUCAAAACGCAACAGAACAUCUGAGUUCGACCACACUACAUCAGAUGCUCGUGUUCAGUUUGAUCUGAACGAAGAUGAACCUGUUCCAGUUUCACCACCUUCCCGACCAUUGGGAAGAGACAAAUCAAAAAACAAAGGCAAAGGCAAAGCGUCGGAUUCAGAUGAUUUGAAAGAAAUGGGAACCAACAUGAAGGAUAUAAAGGAGAGAAUGGAUAAGAUUUUGAAAAUUGCUUCUGAAAGAGAGCUUCGGAAACAAAGGGAGAGCGACAUGCGAAUACUAGCAAUGGACACGUCGAAUAUGACCGGGGCGGAGCUUGAAGUGGUUUUGGCGAUGAAGGAGGAAGUGAAAAACCGUUACAUCAAUCGUGGCUAA